AUGGAGGUAGAGGCUGCAGAACCGAUAGUUCUUGAAACUUUGUCUCAUGCUUGUAGCCAAGAUGCAAAUGUCCUCAAACCAGCUGAACGGAAGCUUCAGAGCUGGGAAACUCAGCCUGGUUUUUAUUCUGUUUUAUCGUCCAUUUUCUGCAAUUAUGAGGUGGAUGCAAAUAUUCGGUGGCUGGCAGUUUUGUACUGUAAGAAUGGUGUGGACAGAUAUUGGAGAAAAACAGCCCCACAUGCCAUAGCUGAUGAAGAGAAGGCAUGUAUCAAAUCACGUCUUAUAUCCAGUUUCAGAGAACCAGUUCCACAGAUAGCCACACAAGUUGCUGUUUUGACUUCAAAGAUAGCUCGGCUAGAUUGUCCUCAGGACUGGAAUGCACUUGUGCCAACCUUGCUGCAGGCAGUACGCUGCAAUGACACACUCAUUCAACAGAGAGCAUUGCUAGUUCUGCAUCAUGUCACCAAAACACUGGCAUCCAAACGUCUAGCUCCAGAUAGAAAAUUAUUUGAAAGUCUGACAAAUGACAUCUUUAGCUAUGUUGCACAUCUUUGGGAGGCACACUUGUCACAGUUUCUGCAGCUUGCUGCACAGCAUGAUGACAAUAUGGAGAGUGCACUAGAACAGUGUAGGCUGGUGUUGAAAGUGCUGCGGAAACUUCUGGUUCAUGGGUUUCGAGAUCCACAGAACAGUGAGGAUGCUAUGAAGUUUGUUGCUGGCCUGUUCACACAGCUAGAUGCACUCCUUGACUGCAGGAGAAGCAUGUGGGGAAACCACCAAAUGCUGGAGAGGUGUGAGCGAGUCAUCACCACCAUGACAAAAGUGCUUCUAGAUUUGCUGGAAAUGCACCCUAUCUCAUACGUUCGCUUCAUUCAGACAACUCUGCAAUUUGUGUUGACAUACAACUUCACAACCAAAGGGCUUUUGUAUGAGCGCUUCACAGUUAACUGCUUCAACCUCAUGAAGGGCAUUUUGUUCAGUGAUGUUUACAAGCCAAGAAAAAACAACAAAGAGGACUGUAGCCCAGUGACCAUGGAGGCCAGCAAGAUUCUAAGGGAAUUCUUCAUUUUUGAUACUUUGUCAGAAGUGUGUAGGCGCUUGGUGUCCCAAUAUUUUCUCCUGUCCACAGAUGACCUUACAAGCUGGGAGGCUGACCCUGAGGGCUUCUGCCAAGAAGAAGGGGGAGACUCCUAUCGUUAUUCAUUAAGACCAUGCACAGAGACACUGUUUCUGACAAUCUUCAAGGAGUUUCGUCUAUCCUUGACACCAGUAUUACUGGGGCUUGUGCAGGCCAACCAGGGUCCCUGUGACCCAGAUGACAUGGAAGCUGUUUUGAAGAAGGAUGCAGUCUACAAUGCCGUUGGUCUGGCCUCCUUUGACUUGUUUGAUGAAAUUGACUAUGACUCAUGGUUCACUUCGCACUUGUUACGGGAAUUGCAGAUCAAACAUCCAAGCUAUCGGGUGAUCAGGAAAAGAGUAGUGUGGCUGAUGGGCCAAUGGGUGGGAGUUAAAAUGUCAGUCAGCCUCCGUCCAGCUCUGUAUGAGGCAAUCUUGUCCUUACUGCACAAGGACGAGGACUUGGCUGUGCGACUGGAAGCAGCACAUACUCUAAAGACUGCAGUCGAUGAUUUUGAAUUCAGCACAGAGCAGCUUCUUCCUUAUAUGGACACACUCUUCUCUUUGCUGUUUAACCUACUGAAAGAGGUUCGAGAAUGUGACACAAAGAUGCAUGUCCUUCAUGUCCUGUCAUUUGUGAUUGAGCGUGUUGGGCCGGGCAUCCGGCCAUACACAGCAGCCCUGGUGCAGUACUUGCCUAUGCUGUGGCAGGAGUCCACGGAACACAACAUGUUGCGGUGUGCCAUCCUGACAACACUUAUUCACCUUGUACAGGGCUAUGGGCCAGAGUCAACACAACUGUACGACUUCAUCCUGCCGGUGAUUGACAUCAGCACAGAUGUCAAGCAGGACCAGCAUGUGUACCUGCUGGAGGAUGGACUGGAACUCUGGCACACUACACUUCUCAACGCUCCAUCCUCAUCCCCAGACCUACUUAAACUUUUUAACAACAUGCCUCCAUUACUGCAACUGGGAACAGAGAACCUACGCUUGUGUCUCAAGAUCAUGCAAAGCUACAUUCUCCUAGGAUCCAGAGACUUCAUGCAGCUUUACUCAAAUGUGAUGACAUCAACCCUGGCUAACCUAAUGACUGACUUGCGGACAGAAGGCAUGAUGAUGGUGUUGCGAGUCAUGGAACUGGUCUUGAAGGCUUUCCCUACUGAGGGACCUCAUGUCUUCAUGUCUAUGCUGCCAUCCAUCUUGCAGUCUGUUUUAGAGGAUGAGGAGCAUGAAAGCUGUAUGCUGCUGGCUAUGCAUCUGGCCCUCUUCGCCCGCAUCCUGCUUCAGAACCAGGAAGUCCUGUGGUCUGUCAUACAGCAUGUAUCUCUCAAAGCUGGCAUUGAUAGCUGGCUGCUUCUUGGUCAGCUUCUUGAUGUUUGGACAGACCGGAUGGACAUCAUCACACAGCCUGAGCGACGCAAGAUCUGUGGCUUGGCACUUGCAUCCCUUCUCACGUUCAAUAACAGCGUGAUAACGGACAGGUUUGGAGCGAUCGUCAACUCUAUAGUGCAAGUCCUGCAUGACGUUUGCAGGGGAGACGAAAGUGGUGGCCAAGCAGACUGCCUGGUGAUUAGUGACACAGACAGCUACUCAAAGGAAGAAACUGAUGAGGACACCCCCCAUGACAGACGCAAGCGGCAGCUGUGGCGACAGGAUCCUGUGCACACAGUUUCCCUGCAAGAAUACCUGGUCUCCCAAAUGAACCAGUGCCAGCAGCUCCAUGGUCAGGUCAACUUCACCAGGCUGAUGGGCCAAGUGGAUUCUGAAGUCAUCCUGCAAUUGAAGGCAUUUUGCCAGUGAAGUUUCACACACCUGGGCAGUGAAAGACAAUGAGUGUUCUUGUGAACUACAUACAAGAAGAGCCAGUGACACAUUUUUCUUCGGACAUUUAACUAUCCCAGUGCUGCACUGGUCUGCAAACAAUGGGAAUACAAGCAUAUUGGGAAAUGAGAAACAGAUAAAGAUCGAAUUUUUGUGUAAUGAUCUGUACAUCUGUGGGUGCUUCGUGUUAAGAGCUUUAGUUUUCUUUCUUCUGACCUUAUUAAGUCCCACUCCCAGAAGAAAAAAACAUGGGGCAUUAUUUAGCAUAACCUUGAUUUAGCAAUCUUUUUCUUAACUUUAUCAGGUAAACCCUGAUAACCUGAUAACCCUGAUGCAUGAUUUGAUUAUAUUGCCUUCACACUAUUAAUUUUACUUCCUUCAUCCCAAAAGUUCAGAGCAAAAUUGUAACACUCGCAGACCUCUUCCUUAUUUUAUCUUUCAUGUCAUUCCAGCUGAAGUUAAAAUCCAUCCAGAAUAUUUCAUCUGGCAUUGGCCCAGUGAGCCCACCCUUUUUCCGGUGUGGGAGUGUGUUUUUAUUUUAUAUUUUUGUAAUUUAUUGAUUUUUAUUUUUACUGGAGGCACUUUCUCUACUACAUAAAUUAAGGUGAGGUCAUUAGGACAGGCUCAGGGUCAUUGGGCAGCAGAUGGAUGUGAGGAAGUAUUCGGCUGUGUACGUCCCCAGCAACCCUAUCCCACAACAACAUGAAGACUGGGCAAUGUGUUAUGAUUGAGAAUUAAAGACAGUGGCAGUACUUGUUCAUUUAGCAGACAUAAAAAUUAAGAUUAUCAUUGAUUUCCUAAGUUUGUACAAGGAUUUAGUCCUAGAAAUAGAUUCUAUAAUUAGAUUCAAACUUUUGUGAAACAAAAGGUGGAGGGGGGGGGGUGGUAGCCAUUUAUUGGUUCAGGGCAUAAUCUUUAUGUUGUGGUAUAGUAUUAUUAUUAUUUGUGCACAAGCACAUGUAGUUUUUGUUGAUGUUAUGUCCACAUUGAUGAGUCAUGAGAAAGGGAGUUCCUGGCAUGAUGAUCUGCCUUAUUGCCUAGAAGGUUGUGAAUUUUGUUUCUUUUCUUUUUUUCUGCAAACUGUAAGUACUUUUGAAGAUUUUUUUUUUUAUCACGCCAUGCUGAUAUCCAGUACUCCCUAAACAUCUUACUGCAUGUAAAGAGAAAUGACAGAUCAUUUAGAGGACCUCUAAAAGCUGAUUUUGAAAACUGUGCAACAAACCCUGUGAUAGAGUGGUGAACCUCCAGGCUUAAAUUCAAAAGUCAGAAUUUAUUGCACCUGCUUUGAUCAUGUGCAUAUUGCAUAUUGACUUAGAUGGAUCUUAUAAUGCUGGGACACAUUCAAGCUAAGCUGGGUAUUAUCACAAACUUAAGCUAAGCUGGGUACUAUCACAAACAUAAGCUAAGCUGGGUACUAUCACAAACAUAAGCUUAACUGAGUGCUAUCACAACGGAAAGCCCAUGACAUUUGGGUUCCUUUUAAACUUGUCUAAGUUUUCAUUACCUAAUGCAACAUUAUUGCUGAUUCAAGAAUUAGAAGCAAGGCCUUUCACUUUCACCUUAGCUGCUUUGUUCAACCGAGAUUUGUCUGUCGUCUCUGCUGGUUGUCAUGCUUACAUUGUUGCUUCAAACUUCAAGAUUCUCAAAAUGGAGCAAUCUUGCAGAAGAAGGAUAACAGCAACAAUCUCAUCUUUGCUUCAUGAACUGCUGCCUUUCGAUGAAUCAUUUGAUGUGUGAUGAAGAUUUGCUUUGAGAGAAAAAAAAUUUUUUUCCAUCAAAAUGGCAAAAUGUGCUGUAAAACAGAGGGUGAGGUUGUCGGGUGUUCUAUGACACUAGUCUGUGGAGCAUGUCUGAGAAUUUAGGCGAGGGUAAGCUGUGCUGGUUUUGUAGUGUACAUGCAAGUAACCCAUAGAAGUGAAGGAUGGGGUGGAAGGGAGAGAAGGGAUAUCUCGUGCUUGCAGACUGCAUCAAGACAGGCUCCCAAAUGGAGAGGCAGUAGACCUAGUGCUGACUUGGCCAGUAUACCCACGUGCUUAUCUCAGAGUUCUUCCCUACUGUAUGCACCAAGCACUAUAAGUGGCAGUACUUGUGUGUUUUUCAGGGCAUUUUACAUUUUCCAGUAAGGACCCGUUCCAUGCAAAUAAUUGUUUACAUGUGGGUUAGUGGUGCAUUUAUGUGCAGGUUUGUAGUACCAGGAUGUGGCACUCUCCAUUUCCUGUGAUAACCCAUUGUCAGUGGCUGCACCUGGCGCUUGUUCCUCUGUGAAACUGUAGCAUUACUGCUCAGACAUUUCCUCCUCACAUUUCUCCAAACUGUUGGAAACUGCCAGCAUGUGUGGUUGUUUCAAAUGAUUUUUUUAGGAAGAAACUUGGAUGUGUCUAAAUUUAAUUUACAUAGAUGAAUAUUAUGAAGUGUAAAAUAUAUCAGAUAUCUAGCUUGCCUGCAUUUCUGCAGGUGAGCUGAAAGUGUGCUUCUAUGUAAUGUCCAUGCACAAAGAUUGUUUUUUAAAAAAGGUGUCCAGAAAUGUCUUUUAGUUUCUUUAGGAGAAAAUAUGUUGUAAAAGUUAGACUUUUAACAUAGAGAACUGUAAGCAUCAAAUCAAGUUAAGGGUCUGUAGCCAGAAAGUGCUAUUAGCAUCCAAUCUUCAGGAGACUAUCAAGGGAUAGAUCCAUUUAACCCAGAGGGCAGAUACAUGUUCUGCAUAUCUUUUUUUUAUUUUUUUUUUCAUAGUUUACUAGACUGUAUAACUUCCUGCUGUCCUGCAGUUUUAAUAGCAAAUUAAAAGUUUUAUUUGUGGUUGGGGACAGAGAUUUAGUCAUGAUGCUUUUUAAUGCAUAAUUUUCACAAAUCAUAUUUGAAGUAAUUCACUAUGUUGUCCAUUUUAAAAAAAAAGCAUCUUUCACGUUCAUUUUUAUCACAUAAUGAAUGCCUCCAGCAUCUAAUUUCCAGACGACACACUUGACACUUGAAUAGUCUAUCUUCAUUUCCAGAGGAAAGAAAAGCAUAGGAGAGGAAAACCUGAGUUGAGCAGUGUGGAACACACAGCAUGUUGUAUGAUGUCUAGUGUGGGAGCAGAUACCAUAGGUACAUCAGACACGACAAAAAUGUACAGCUCCUUGCUUCGAGCCUGAGAGUUGCUGCUGGGGAUGAGCGACAGGAGGCUGUAGAUGAAGUGGUAGUGCUUGGUGUAAGAGAUGGCAGUACUGCAAUGUGUGAGCCUGGCUCACAAUAGGUAGGGACCUCUUGAGAGCUGAAAAAGUAUGCCUGAGUACACAACAAUGGUACAUAAUAUUUAUGCAUAUGGGAUUGUCUUUAAAAAAAAAAAGAGAGCGGUGAGCGAUAGGGUGAAGUGGAGAAUGUCACCACCGUGUACAGUAUGAGGAGAGCGACUCCUUCAGAUCUGCAUGAGUAGUAUGUGAUAAGUGUUGUAAGCAAAGUGUGUGGAUAGACAGCAACACGUGCAUCGUGAAUGAUAAGUGUGACACUACUACUUGGCUCCACACAGAACUUUUGUAUGCUGCAUGAUUGUUGGUGUCACGCUUGUACUUUGGCUCUGCACAAAACUUUUGUAUGCUGGAUGAUUGUUGGUGUCACGUUUGUGCUGUGGAAAUGGCGCCGCACAGCAGAAUAUUGCAUUCUGGAUGAUUGUGGAUAUAGUGUGGAGAGGACUGUGAAUACAGAGGGCGAUGUGUGCGAUGGACUGAGAGUGUAACCUGCAGUGAACGCUACUUCUCUUCCGUCGUAGAGGGAAAUAGAGACUGAACGUAUGUGCAUCAACGGUGUGCCUACUGGGAAACUGUCAGGCCCGUGAUCCCCAGUGUGAAGAACAAGAGAACGGGAUACACAAUUGCACUGAAUAAAGUUUUCCACUACGAGUA